UAUAAUUUGCCUUUCGGCCUCAUAUUUGGCUCUCACUCUUCAGCUGGUCAUACAAUAAAUAUUUUGUCUCGUAGGUGGUUGGAGGUCUACACUGAUCAUCGAAUAGAAGCUCUUGAGUCCUGUGGACCCCACACCCACAUGGCAUGGCACCGUCUUCAGCCGCUUUUGGCUGUUGCAUCCAUUCCAUGCAAACUCUGGCGGCAGCUUUCUUCUCUGCAUUUCAUUACCAAUCUAACAUCUGCAGGAUACCAAAAACCUAACAAAAUUUUGGGAGAAUAUGUGGGUGAUGCCCACUUGGAAAAAAACUUUCGGGUCACGUAUCUCAGUUGGCACCCCUCCAAACUAAUCGUGGCCGUGGGUUGCGAGAUGGGAGAUGUGGUAGUAGUAAAUAAACAAGACAAGGAGCAUCAUGCUGUGCCAUCCAAUCAUAAUGCUGAUAUUUCGGUCCUGAAUUGGAGUACUAAUGGGACACGUCUUGUUUCUGGAGAUAAACUCGGGGUUCUUGUAUUGUGGCGGAUGGAUCAGCGGGGUAGAGUCCAAGGCCCCCCAUUGUUAAAACACGAGUAUGGAAAACAUCUUAAUUUCUGCAUUUUUCGCCCCCCUCCUCCCGGAGAGGAUUUGGUUCAGCUGGCCAAAGCGGCCGUGAGCGGUGAUGAGAAGGCCCUGGAUAUGUUCAACUGGAGAAAAUCUGGGAUGGGGAUGGCUCUGAAAAUGGGACCCCAAGAAGGCCUGUCCUUCUUCGUAAGCAUGAUCGAUGGAACUGUGCAUUACGUGAGUGAACGAGGAAAGACCAAUCAAGCGUUGAUUAUAGAAACCUCAAUCCAAAAAAUGCUGUUCAUGGAAAGAGACGUCUUAGUAGUGAUAACGGAGAGUCUCCUCUUAUCCCUUCACAAAAUUUCUCCCGAAGGAGAAGCAGAAGAACUUCUGAAGGUGAAGUUGAGUGGAAAAAUGAAUCAUCCCGCUGAUAUCAUUCUGAUUGAUCAUAGCCUCCUGAUCACUGCAACAAACGAACCUCUUCUUAGCUGGACAGUCAAUAUCCUAAUGUCUUUUUCUUCCUCAUGUUUGAAGUGGAGUUCCAAAAAGAAUCUGUUGGCUGUGAACCUAAACAACUCGGUAGCCAUCCUGAGAGAACAGGCUAUGGCUUCGCACUUCCACCAACAAAUGGCCGUGGUCCAGGUUUCCCCAAACUUGUUCAACAUCACCAGCUUCAGCAGCAAAAUGAUGGAUAACCUCCGUAUCGAUACGCAUGUGAACGGCGUGUGCACAACCAAGCUAGAACUUGUCGGUAUCCGAUGCCUUGUGACUCACUACAUUAUUCCUUAUGGGGAAAAGUGUGUUUGGUACUCCUUGUUUCUGGUACUCACCGUGCCUCCUGUGGCCAAUGAUGAGUACCGAG